AUGCCGAUACCGGAGCAAGUCCCAGAAUUGAGUAAUAUUUAUGUAUCUGGUGCAAACAAGACCAAACAAAGUAUUGACCGAGCAAACUACAAAUCAUUUGAUGUCGUGAAGGAGUUUUGGAUAGGCCUUGGUCUACCCGAGACGUCCUUGACAUCUGUCAGUCUUCCUGGUGAAGAAGGUCCAGCUCUUCCUUCGUCAUUCAAAAUCGGAAUCCUCGGGCAAGCUUCUAUCGCGCUGUCUGCUUUGACGGCCGCUCAGGUUCAUGCUUUGCGGAACAAGAUCCCCGUUCCGCGUGUCACGGUACCGCUCCAGCACGCUGUCGUAGAGUACAAGUCGGAAAGAUUGUAUACAGUUUCGGACGAGCUUGCUGCUCCAUCAGGCGGCGCUAUUGGUGGAUUACAUAAAACGUCAGAUGGCUAUGUUCGAAUCCACGAUGGAUUUCCAAACCACGUUCAAGGCACCCUUGACUUGCUUGGUCUGGAAGAUGGUGCGAAUCGACAGCAGGUAUCUCAGCAGACUGCAGAUUGGGCUAGUAUCGACUUGGAGAAUUGCGGAACAGCAGAGGGAAACGUCGCAAUAUACGCUCUGCGAUCAUAUCGUCAAUGGGAUAAGCUCCCUCAAUCGAAGGUCAUCAGCAAUUUCCCUAUCAACAUCAAACAGCUGUCGGACUCACCUUCAGCCGGCCUGCCAAGCAGGAUGCAGCCCGGAAAUCUCAACUGCCUACAAGGUCUUAGGGUUGUCGAGAUGAGCCGGGUAAUUGCUGCACCAUUAUGCGGUAAGACCUUAGCAGCACAUGGAGCUGAGGUAAUUUGGGUGACUUCACCAACACUUCCGGACUUGCCAAGAGUUGAUCGGGAAUUUGGUCGCGGGAAAAAGACUGUGCAACUCGACAUACACAACUCGGAGGAUCGAAAGCAGCUUCUCAAUCUUCUCAAAGACUGCGACGUGUUUGUUCAAGGCUAUCGACCUGGGAGUCUUGCCUCACAUGGUCUAUCCCAAGAUCAGUUGAGAAAGAUCAAUCCAACCAUCAUCGUAGCCAACAUGUCUGCUUUCGGUCCUGAAGGUCCAUGGUCGGACCGUCGUGGAUUUGACUCGCUUGUGCAGACAUGUUCAGGCAUGAAUGUCUCUGAAGCUGAACACGCCGGAAAGGGCGAGGCAGCCCGCCCAACACCUUGCCAAGCCCUCGACCACUCAGGCGGUUAUAUGCUUGCAGUUGGCGUCAUGGCUGCUGUGUAUCAUCGUGCUGUCAAGGGCGGUUCGUGGAGAGUCGAUGUCUCAUUAGCAGGCAUGAUGAAGUAUUUGAGGAGUCUGGGACAAUAUCCUGGUGCCAGUGGGUUUGAGGCGAGGGACUUUGACAAGCCAGAAGAUGUCCCUGAUGAGUAUUUUGAGAUCCAGGAGACGGGGUUCGGCACCAUGAAGUCCAUCAAGCACAGUGCUACCAUUGAGGGUUUAGAGGUUGGCUGGUAUAUCAUGCCGAAACCUCUUGGCUCUGACAAGCCUGCAUGGGAUUAG